AUGACACGCACAUAUGCAAAUGUCUAUUUGAUAAAUUUAAGCUAAAGUCAACAGAUCUGCAGGUUAUCUAGCUUGUACAAUAAGAUAAUCGAAGUCAGAAAGGGCAGCCUCACUCUUCAAUGGUGGCCGAAGCUGUUGUGACUGUCGACGUAUACACUGCAAAAGGUCUCUUGAGCAUAGAUUACCAAUAUCUCGAUGUAAGGACGGAGGAAGAGUUCAGUAAAAGUCACGUUGGGGGUGCUCUCAAUGUGCCUUACAUGUUCAAGGCCCCAGAAGGUAAGGUGAAAAACCCGGAUUUUCUCAGCAAUGUUGCAUCAAUCUGCAAGAAGGAAGAUCAGCUGGUCGUGGGAUGCAACAGUGGAGGAAGAUCCCUCCUUGCCUGUGUCGAUCUCCUUAAUGCGGGAUAUGUUCAUGCGAGAAACAUGGAAGGAGGUUACUCCAAGUGGGUGGAUAGUGGAUUGGCUGAAGAUCAAGGCAAACCUCCCGAAGAGCUCAAGACCGCUUGCAAAUUCCGACCAUGAACUAAUUAAUUUGUCGAUCGAGUAUUGUAAUAAUUAAGAUCUCUCCUUCAAUAUUGUUGAACUUGUGUGAUUUUCUUUUUUCCAAUAAAGGAAUUUGUGUGAAUCUUGCGCAUGGAUCUGUUGUUAUUUGUAAAUGAGUUUCAUCAAAUCCCUUAUAA